UGACUCACUCUACGUAACUCUAUACUCUAUCAUGACACAAACAAGCAGCUGUCGUUAUAUUGGUGGUCGUUGCAGAUAGGUGUUCUGUGAUUUGGUGUGAUUUGAUCCCUCAAUGAUGUCGAGUCGCCGGGGCCUGUUUGUCGUGUUCGAAGGAUGUGAUCGGACAGGAAAGAGUACUCAAGUCAAGUUGUUAGCGGAGGCUUUGACGGGCAUGGGCCACAAGACUGAAUCCAUAGCGUUCCCCAAGCGCACCACCGCCACCGGCAAGCUGCUCGACGCUUACCUCGGAAAGAGCGCCAACCUCGACGACCACGCUGUUCACCUGCUGUUCUCCGCGAACCGCUGGCAGGAGGCCGAGACAAUACGCAAAGCUGUCGCGCAACACAGGACGGUAAUUUGUGACCGUUAUGCUUAUUCUGGCGUCGCCUUCACGGCCGCCAAAUCUCUCGAUUUCACGUGGUGUCAGCAGCCGGACAGGGGACUGCCGGAGCCGGACGUUGUAUUGUACAUGAAUGCGCCGCCCGACGUGGUGGAUGCUCGAGAGGGCUUCGGCGAUGAACGUUACGAGAACGCCGAGUUUCAGGCCAAAGUACGGGCGAACUACGACCGUUUGGCCGCGCUCGAUAGCGGUAGUGGUCGUUGGGUGACCAUUGACGCGGCGCGAAGCAUUGAGGUAGUUCAUAGUAACGUUCUCAACGUUGUGCUAGACGUUAUGUCUAGAGAACUCGGAGAUCUGGGAAAGCUGUGGUGUUAAUAAAAAGGCACCUCGUUUUUCCUCGCUUUAUGUGCCACACGGCAAAUGUGGUAAGCGAAUUCAAAGUCGCUCGUUGUUUCGUAAGAAAUGAAGAAUGCCGCGCAUUUUGUGUAUGUCGCAUAUUGCAUCCGAUAAUAAAACAAAAGUGUACGUCAUUGCAAA